AUGAAUUCUUCACCAGCUCGAAUUAUAACUAUAUCCAACCAUCUUGUUGGCGCAUAUGGCGGCAUGAGUUUUAUUAUGGCAAUGGGGAAUCUUGAAACCUAUUUCAACAAGCGCACUACUAUCAACCUAUUACAACUUAGCGUGUCAGGAUUGAGUUUUCUCAUAAUAACAUUAUUUGGUAUCAUGCCUUUGAUAUCUAGUCACGGCUGCAACUUAUUUUUCAUAUGUAUAAGUUGUUUCUAUGCGAUUUUUCAAGUUAUCGCAAUGGGACUUACAGCAGCACGCUGUUUGGUGUUUAUAUCCAGAUCCAAGUACUACAAUGUCAUCUUUGGUGGAGUCAUGUUGGCAACGUUGAUUUGCUCCUUAAUCACAAUUGGAAGUGCCACUAAUGCGAUACAUAUAGUAAUACCUGAAUCAACCUGUAUGGCAGCUCUUCAGCCCAAAUGGAAUAAUAUUUCUAGAAUUGGAUUGUCUAUUAUCUAUGCCGUUCUCUUGUUCUGUCUCAACAUUCCUGUUCGAAGGCAUAUUGUAUUCUUAUCAGAAAUCAGCUCCAGUAGUCAGUUGAUCUCCAAAAUCGAAUCAACCGCACGUUGGCUUACAAUCAAAGUAUCACUAGCCAUGUUAGCGUAUCUUAUAAUAGGCAUUCUGUCAAUCUUUGGAUUUUUUGCAAACGCACCAUUUAUUCCAUAUUCUACUCGUAUAUACUUUACAAUGCUGGCAUCCAACUGGGUGUGUGUACUGACUUCGUUUAAUGGCACAAGAUCAAAUGAAAGCAGCGUACGAAGCUCGAUAGUACAUUCGGUGAAUGCAAGCCCUACUGUAGUUCCAAUCACCUACUCGAUUUAUAAUAGGUUAAAAAUCAAUUUAAUAGGUGUUUUUCACAGAUGGUGA